AGAGCUAACAUCGAUUCAUUAAUUUGCUACUCUCCAACUUCCUAUGGCUUCCACUGAUACCAGAGCUCCGUCGCAAGUCACCACCCAGUCGUCGGUGAAGUGGGCAUCACAACUGUCCGGUUACCUGGCCGGUCGAGGUGCAGUUGCUGUCAAAAACCAUGCCAGGGUUGAUGUAGUCUCGAGAGCCUUCUUGUCCGUAACUGGCUUGGUCUCUGUUAUUGUUAUGGCCACUUCUAAGCAAACCACGAUCUUACCUGUUUCGCCCGUCAUGACCGUAUCCGUGGCUGCAAAAUUCUCUCACUCUGCAUCUUUCACGUAUUUCGUGGCAGCACUCGCGGUGGCUUGCUUGUACGGCAUCAUUACUGGUAUCGUAUCAUAUUUAGCACUGAAGAAGCAAGGAGGAAGUUCAACAGAGCAGCUGAUACAUAUGGUGAUACUUGAUUCUCUGAUGUUAGCUAUCGUAGCAGCAGCAACAGGAGCUGCGGGAGGAGUAGCUUAUGAAGCACUGAAAGGAAAUCCRCAUAUCMGAUGGAACAAGAUUUGCCAURUCUACGAUAUCUUCUGUCGCCAUCUUGGAAUUGCUGUUUUUACGUCGCUCCUAUCCUCGAUGACACUUCUAGCACUCGUUUGGCUCUCUGUUUGUGUGCUUGCCAAAAACAGUGGAAGGCGAUAGUCUGGGUUGAUGCCGAAAACGUUCCAAAUUUAUCAUUUUGAUGUCAUUAGACUUUUGUUUUGCAUAGGUUUUCGUCUUCGAGUUUGUGUAGUUCUUGGUCAGUAAAGUUUGAGCUUCUUGAUUGGUUAUGCGUUUGAAACUCAUCAUGAACACGAACAUGUGUAUUGCUUUUUCCUUUAUCUUGUACUCGGCUUAUUUCUAGAAAAAUAUGAGACAUGUAUGAUUGAUGGUUGAUUAAUGUAAUUUUUUGUGUGGCAGAAAA